CAGUAGUGACCCUCUGGGAUGUGAUGGUGGUGAACAACUGGCAAGUCUUUCUGGAAGCGUUCUCAAGAUAUUCAAGUCCGUGGGCAAAGAUCUAUUUUGUAGCCUGGUGGUUGAUCUCCUCUGUCAUCUGGGUUAAUCUCUUCGUAGCUUUACUUCUAGAGAACUUUAUUCACAAGUGGGACCGUCGCUGUCAUCGAGAGCCUCUUUCAGAUAUUGAAUACCAGAGGACAGUUGAACUAAUGUUCAGAGAUGUUUUGGAAGAACCUACAGAGGAAGAGUUGACGGAAAAACUGCACCAGCAUCCACACCUGCAGUUAUGCCUGUAGCCAGGAGUCCAGUUUCCACCUCAGUUUCCUGCUCCUGUAGAAG